AUGGCGCCCGCCGCCACGAACGAGAUCGCGCCAAUGCAGCUACCCGCCUACUCGAAAUCUUGUUCAAUCGGUGCAUCUGUCUUGCAUGGCCCUCGCGACUUGCGAUUGGAACGACGGACCAUUGAAGACCCUGGUGUUGGCGAGUUGCAGAUUGCCAUAAAAGCUACAGGCAUCUGCGGCUCCGAUGUCUCAUAUUACAAGAAGUUCGCCAACGGCGACCUCUGCGCCUGCAUGCCCUUGUCUCUCGGCCAUGAGUCCUCUGGAGUCGUCGUGGCCAUUGGUACCCAAGUCUCGGGCUUCAGGAUCGGCGACCGAGUCGCGCUCGAGGUCGGCAUCCCCUGCGGCCAGUGUGGCAUCUGCAGGAAGGGCAGAUACAAUCUCUGCAAGAAGAUGAGAUUCAGGAGUAGCGCUAAAUCGGUCCCUCACUUUCAAGGGACUCUGCAGGAAAAGAUAAACCACCCUGCCGGAUGGUGCCACAAACUCCCAGACCAUGUCUCCUUCGAUGCUGCUGCCCUUCUUGAACCGCUCUCUGUCGCCAUCCAUGCCGUUAACCGAGCAAGUCCCACCCCUGGCUCGACAGCGCUGGUUAUCGGAGCCGGCACAGUUGGCCUCCUAACUGCGGCGAUGGCCAGGCAAGCUGGUUGCUCCACAGUCACAAUUACCGACGUUGACGCCGGACGAGUCAACUAUGCCAUUAAGCGCGGUUUCGCUACCAAUGGGUAUGUUGUGCCUGAGUCACUGCACUCGUGCUCGAGCAGUUCCAACAACUCAGGCACCUCCACUCCCUUGGGGUCCGGUGUCAUGACCCCUGCCAGCACACUGUCUUUCCACAACCAACUAGACAGUGCCAGGUCCCUUGCCAGCGAGAUCCUGGCCUUGACCAAGGGCCCCGACUCUCUGCUCCUGGACGACGAGGAUGACGGUGUCGAUGUCACAUUUGAGUGCACUGGCAAGGAAGAGUGCAUGCACACCAGCCUGUACGCCACAAAACCAGGCGGCAAGGUCAUCAUGGUCGGCAUGGGCACGCCCAUCCAGACCCUCCCCAUGUCUGUUGCCCACCUGAGAGAGGUGGACAUCCUUGGCAUCUUCCGCUAUGCCAACACCUACGCCACCGGCAUCCGCCUCCUCUGCGCCCAGGGCAAGGGCGGCGCCGGCUUCACGUUCCCCAGCCUGGAUGACAUGGUCACCCACCGCUUCAAGGGACUAGGUGCUGCCAAAGGUGCCUUCGAGCUUGCAAGCCGUACCGCUGAUGAUGAUGGGAAGCUGGUGCUGAAGGUCGUUAUUGAAGCCUAG